UUGAGCCAUUCUCUCUCUCUCUCUCUCUCUCUCUCUCUCUAAGCUCUUUCUGGGUUUCUUCUCGUGGAGGAAAUUCUAAGAGAUGGCUCUAUCUGCAUUUGCUUUCCCCUCUUACAUUAGCAGAGGAACACCAACAGAUUCAUACAAGUCGACAUCUCUGUACUCUUCCUCGUUAUUUUCAACUGAUCUUCCAUCUUUAUCCCCGAGACACACCAACACCCAUUCCAAAAGAAAGCCGGCUCGAGUCUAUGCCUCGCUUGCGGAGAAGGGUGAAUAUUACUCCAAUAGACAACCAACUCCGUUACUGGACACAAUCAAUUACCCAAUCCACAUGAAAAACUUUUCUGUCAAGGAACUCAAGCAACUUGCUGAUGAGUUAAGAUCCGACGUCAUAUUCAACGUUUCGAAAACGGGUGGACACUUGGGGUCGAGCCUCGGAGUCGUCGAGCUAACAGUGGCUCUUCAUUACGUGUUCAACACUCCUCAGGAUAAGAUCCUCUGGGACGUCGGUCAUCAGUCUUAUCCUCACAAGAUUCUGACGGGGAGAAGAGAGAAGAUGAAUACGCUUAGGCAGACGAACGGGCUCUCGGGUUUCACCAAGCGAGCAGAGAGCGAACACGAUUGCUUUGGCACGGGGCACAGUUCCACGACUAUUUCUGCAGGCUUGGGAAUGGCAGUGGGAAGGGAUUUAAAGGAGAGGAACAGCAAUGUGGUUGCGGUUAUAGGAGACGGCGCCAUGACAGCCGGGCAAGCUUACGAAGCCUUGAAUAAUGCCGGAUAUUUGGACUCCAACAUGAUUGUAAUCCUCAACGACAACAAGCAAGUCUCGUUGCCAACGGCUACUUUGGAUGGACCGGCCCCUCCCGUCGGUGCACUGAGCAGUGCUCUUAGUCGGUUGCAAUCUAACCGACCCCUCAGAGAGUUGAGGGAAGUCGCCAAGGGUGUGACGAAGCAGAUAGGUGGGCGGACGCACCAAUUGGCAGCAAAGGUCGACGAGUACGCUCGGGGAAUGAUAAGCGGGUCGGGAGCUACAAUGUUUGAAGAACUCGGUCUGUAUUAUAUAGGUCCGGUCGAUGGUCACAACGUAAAUGAUUUAGUGACCAUCCUGAAUGAAGUGAAGAGUACCAGAACAACCGGACCCGUUCUUAUCCAUGUCGUGACCGAGAAAGGUCGGGGUUAUCCUUAUGCCGAGAGAGCCGCCGACAAAUACCAUGGAGUUGUAAAGUUCGAUCCAGCAACCGGGAAACAGUUCAAAACAACUGCCAAGACUCAGUCUUACACGACGUAUUUCGCAGAGGCUUUGAUUGCAGAAGCAGAAGAAGACAAAGACAUCGUAGCCAUUCAUGCCGCCAUGGGAGGCGGAACAGGGUUGAAUCUCUUCCAGAGUCGCUUCCCCGAAAGAUGUUUCGACGUCGGAAUAGCGGAACAACAUGCGGUUACCUUCGCUGCGGGCUUAGCUUGCGAAGGCGUUAAGCCUUUCUGUGCAAUCUACUCAUCUUUCAUGCAAAGGGCCUAUGACCAGGUGAUACAUGAUGUCGAUCUUCAGAAAUUGCCCGUGAGAUUCGCGAUGGAUAGGGCAGGACUCGUGGGGGCGGAUGGUCCGACGCAUUGUGGAGCGUUUGACGUGACAUUUAUGGCAUGUCUUCCGAACAUGGUAGUGAUGGCUCCAUCUGAUGAGGCUGAGCUUUUCCACAUGGUUGCAACCGCUGCAGCUUUAGACGACCGUCCUUCUUGCUUCCGUUACCCGAGAGGCAAUGGCAUCGGUGUCCCUCUUCCCCCCGGCAAUAAAGGUGUUCCUCUUGAGAUAGGGAGAGGUAGAAUACUGAUGGAAGGCGAGAGGGUUGCGAUCUUGGGCUAUGGCUCGGCGGUUCAGAGCUGUGUAGCAGCUGCUUCCAUGCUCAAAGAUAGGGACGUGAAUAUAACGGUUGCAGACGCGAGAUUCUGCAAGCCCUUGGACCGUGAUCUAAUCAGAAGCCUCGCUAAGUCUCACGAGGUUCUGAUUACAGUCGAAGAAGGUUCGAUCGGCGGGUUCGGAUCUCAUGUAGUACAGUUCCUUGCACUUGAUGGCCUUCUUGAUGGCAAACUCAAGUGGAGACCGAUGGUGCUUCCAGACAGAUACAUCGAACAUGGAUCGCCAGUGGAUCAACUGGCAGAGGCUGGUCUGAUGCCGACACACAUUGCAGCCACUGUAAUGAACUUACUCGGCAUCCGUAAAGAAGCAUUGUUUUGAAGGUGGUAACGGUCGAAGACCAGAUCUGCUGAUGUAUACAAGCAUAUUCUUCAACACUGAACCGAGACAUUCUUUAACCAUGUGAGCAAAUAAAAAAAAAACAGAGCGUUACUCGCUCUGUUUGAAAGGAAAUAAAAUAAGGUUCUGACGAAUUUAGACCAGAGUUAGUUGAAGUAUCAGAAGAUCAAUCCUCUGUAACUGUCAGAGUUGGACAAAAGAUGUUGCAGAAGACAAUGAAGAUAGAGAUCAAACAGACUGUAAAACCUAUAAAAAAAACAUCUUGUAUAAUACAUAGUGUUGUCAUUUGUGGGUGAUUGGUUCCUGGGCAUUCUUCGUCUAA